UGACUUAUUCAGAUCACAAUCACAUAUGAAGUUUGUAUAUAAACCAAUACAUGUUAUAUUAUUGUAGGUCGAGUAAAAAUGAAUUAUUGUGAGUUGAAAUUUGAACAACUCUACUCAAUGAAUGUUGCCAACAUACAGUAUCGGAACUGAUCUGAACUGAUCUCGAGUGCUUUCAGUGCUUUGUGCGUAAUAUGGGAGGUUGUAAAUAAUAAAGUACAAAAGAGAGGCUACAUUUUUACUUAUCCUUAUUGCAAGAUUUGACAAAAUUUGAGAAAUGUCUCGUCAUCGUGAUGUGCGGUGCAUGAAUUAUUCAGAAGAAUAUGAAAAUUACGACGAGGUGUAUGGACAUUCUGUAGAAGAUGACUAUUGUGUAUCUCCUAGUGCGGAACAGUUCUUAUUUGAUCGGAGUAAGCAACAAAAUAUUGCAUCCUUCAUCACGGAACCAGACAUACUAGAAGACAAUGAAGAUAAUAGGGAAUCUUUGUCACCUUCUAAAGAAGAAGAAAGAGUGCUUACAGAAUUGGAAAGAGCCAAACUUAUAUCGUGUAUGGAAUCUAUCAAGAAUAUUAUAGGAGAUACAGUUCCUGAAACUGAAAUAAAGAAGAAGAUUAUUCAAUCAAAUUUUGAUGCAGAAGUAGCACUUGAUCUAGUUUUAAAAGAAUCUCCUCCAAAAACUGUUAUUGAAUCAUCUACAGGCCAUAAGGAUAAUUUAGAACUUUAUUCAGAUGCUACACCUAUUAAGCUACAAUCUACUUCAUUUGUUAUACCAAAAUUUUCAUUUAACAAACAGAAUAACAUUCAAAAUUCUAAUAUGAAUUCAUGUUUUGCACGUAAUAUAGAAAGUUUAAGAACUUUAUCUAUUAGUAAUCCUUCCAUAAUAUCUUCUUCUUUACCUGGAUGUAUACCAAAUUAUAUUGAUUCAGUAGCAUCAAAUUCUACAAAUGAUCCUUGUAAAAAUAAUUUAGACGCGGUAUCAUUUAAAUCUCUAGCUGAUUUAACAGCUCACCAUUUACAAAAAUCUACUAAUUUAAUUGGUAGUACAAAUUUUAAUGGAGAGGCAUCUUUAUGCAGUACAAAUUUUGUGAUACCAAAAUUAUCAAUUAAAAACGAUAAGUCUAAUGACUUAGAAAAUGUACAAUUAAAUUCAUUUGAUAGUAACAAAUUGUCAUCCAAACCUACAUUUCAAGUUACGGCACCAUCCAAUGUGAAAAUUCUACAUGCUGGAAAACGACCUGCUGUACAAGGUUUUGAUUUGAGUGGAACAGAGAAUACGGAUAUACUAAAUUCUCGUGUUGAGAGUCCUCGUUCUCGAAGUCCAUAUUCUGAUCAUAAUAGCCCAGAAAUAAAGAGAAAAGAACGUACUGUACCAAAGGAGAAAAAGGCAGUUUCUUCAAAUGCAAACAGUCCCCGAUGUCAGUCACCAGUACCAGGACAUGUAACACCCGACUUUGAUUCUAAGCCAAAACUUAAUGAAGAAAAACAUGAUGUUUUAAAAAUAUAUAAAGAUAAAAGAGGAGAUAGCAAAGAACACAUACAUUUAGUUGUAGUUGGUCAUGUGGAUGCUGGUAAAAGCACUCUAUUAGGUCGACUUUUGUGUGAUUUAGGACAAGUUCCCUCAAGACUAAUUCACAAAUAUCAGCAAGAAAGUAAAAAGAUAGGAAAACAGUCAUUUGCUUAUGCAUGGGUCCUUGACGAAACAGGAGAAGAACGAGAACGUGGAAUAACUAUGGAUAUUGGUCACUCUAAAUUUGAAACAGAGACAAAAUCUAUCACUUUAUUAGAUGCACCUGGACAUAAAGACUUCAUUCCUAAUAUGAUUACUGGUGCUACUCAAGCAGACGUGGCUUUAUUAGUUGUAGAUGCGACUAGGGGAGAAUUUGAAACUGGUUUUGAUAGUGGAGGUCAAACUAGAGAACAUGCACUAUUAUUACGUUCUUUAGGUGUAUUACAAUUAGCAGUGGUAAUAAAUAAAUUAGAUACUGUUGAUUGGUCAAAAGAAAGAUUUAACGAAAUAGUGGAGAAAAUGAAUGUAUUUUUAAAACAAGCUGGAUUCAAAGAUAACGUCCCUUUUGUUCCCUGUAGUGGUCUAUCUGGCGAAAAUAUAGUAACCAAACCUAAAGAACCUUUAUCUAACUGGUAUACAGGACCUACUUUAGUUGAUGUUAUAGAUAAUUUUAAAUGUCCCGAACGCCCUAUAAACAAACCUUUCCGUUUCUCGGUCAAUGAUAUAUUUAAAGGUACAGGAUCUGGAUUUUGUGUUUCUGGACAUGUGGAAACAGGUAUGAUAUCUUUGGGUGACAAAGUUUUAAUACUUCCACGGAAUGAAACUGCUGUGAUUAAAGGUUUGCAGGUGGAUGAAGCAUCUACAACAAACGCAUUUGCUGGAGAUCAUGUUUCGUUAACGUUAUCAGGAAUCGACCAACAAAAUGUUGGAAUUGGUGAUAUCAUUUGUAUCCCACAAAAUCCAGUUCCUGUAACUACAUGUUUCGAAGCGCAUAUAGUUGUAUUUGCAGUUAAAAUACCAAUUAUGAAAGGUCUUCCAGUAGUGAUGCACCAACAAUCUCUAGUACAACCAGCUGUAGUUACGAAAUUAAUAGCCCAAAUUCACCGAACUACCGGUGAGACCAUAAAAAAGAAACCGCGUUGUUUACCAAAAAAUUCUAGCGCUAUUGUUGAAAUUAGAACACAAAAUCCAGUUUGUAUGGAAUUAUAUAAAGAUGUUAAACAGUUAGGUCGAAUUACGCUACGCGUGGAAGGGACAACUAUUGCAGCUGGACUGAUUACAAAAAUCAAGUAGUAAUAACAAUUUUAUAUUACUAUCCUAGUGUUAUAA